CUCAUGGAGGGAGAAGGGUCCUCAGGCUCCGGAACAGUCAUGAAAGGGGCACUGGCAUUGAAGAAACAACGCAAGUCUCUCUCCCUUCCAAUCCGGAUGACCAAAGAUGAUCCAAAGAAGCCAAAAGGCAAAAUGUCUGCUUAUGCCUUUUUUGUCCAGACAUGCAGAGAUGAGUACAAGAAAAAGAAACCAGACACCCCUGUCAAUUUUGUUGAAUUUUCCAGAAGGUGCUCCGAUAAAUGGAAGAUUAUGACAUCAAAGGAGAAGAGUAAAUUCGAAGAGAUGGCAAAGGUUGACAAAGCACGCUACGAUCGAGAAAUGAAGGACUACGAAGCACCUGCAGGAAACAAGAAAGACCCGAGUAUUCCCAAGAAACCUCCGUCAGGAUUCUUCUUAUUCUGUUCUAAAGUUCGUCCUAAAAUCAAAGCCAACUACCCUGGAAUCUCCGUUGGGGCUGUGGCAAAGAAGCUUGGAAUGAUGUGGGCCAAGUUAAGUGAAGGCGAAAAACAACCUUAUAGAGUCAAGGCAGCCAGACUGAAGGAAAAAUAUGAAAGGGAAAUGGCAGACUUGAAGGCCAAAGAAAAGCCUGGUUGGACCAAGGGCCCCAGGAAGGCGACCUAUAAGAAGGCAAGGAAGGUGGAAGAUGACGAAGAUGACCAAGACAGAAACAGCCAGGAGGACGAUGAAGAGGACGACGACAUGGGAGAUGAGGGCGACAACUAUUUUGAUGAUGAUGACAACGAUGAUGAAGAUGAAGAUGAAGAUGACCAAGACGAAGAUGAGGAUGAUGAGGACGAUGAGGACGAUGAGGAAGAUAAGAAGGAUGAGGAUGAGGAUGACGAUGAAUAAAAAACCAGUUCAUCUGUG